UUUGUUUGGACACUAGCUCCAAGACGGCCAAGUCAAAAGUUGACUUCUUCAGCUAAGGUGCAAGACAAAAGCAUCAAGAUUGUGCCUCACGAAUAGAAAGUAGUGAAAAUCAUGGCAUGAAGAAUAGUUCAACAGGACAUCAGGAUAUGAUGCAGCUGUCAUGCUGUUCACCAGCUGCCUAGUUUGAGAGAAAAUACCCGGACAGAGCCCCCUAGGGAUUCAGGCUUGAAUUGCAGGAUGGCGUUCAUAGAGGACCCGGCGUUUGUCCUGUCGUACCUCCGACAGGCGUUCAUAACGAGCGACGACACCGGGAUGUCCGAGAUGGUUCUCGUAGACGAGGACAUAGAACACUGGGACAGCAUCAAGCAGGAGCGCGAAGGCACACCCAAAACUCGGAGCACGAGCGAGAAACCGCAGAACUUGGAGUACGGAGACAUUUCUCAGUCGUUCGACAUCACGGCGUCCAGUCUGGACUGGGGAAUCCGCCGUCGUACAAACACGGCACAGCGACUGGAGAAACUGAAAAAGGAAAGACAGAACCAAGUACGAUGUCGGAAUGUUCAGUGGAAGGAGAAGCCUGUAGACAUGUCAGCAGAAGAGAUGGCCGGGAUGUUUGAGAAGAAGGAUCUGUCGGAGAAGAAGUCGGCUGCUGUCCCACAGCGCACAUCAGUCCUGGCAGAGCAGCUAGAACAGAGUCCUGUCCUCACCAACAAUCCCUUCAUCGAGUUCUCCAAGUUUGAUGGCAAGGGCCAUGUAGGGUCAACUGCUACCAAGAGAGUCGAUAUCUUCCUGACCAUGACAACGGGAAAAGAGCGCAAUUUCCCCCUUACCGUGGUCGUCCUGGCAACGGCCCGUGUGCAGGACCUGAUUGGUCUGAUCUGCUGGCAGUACACCAAUGAGGCGAAGGAACCCAAACUAUUGGAGAAUGUGGAGGCGUACUGUCUCCAUAUAGCAGAGGAUGAUGGUGAAGUAGACACAGACUUCCCUGCGCUGGAUGCUAAAGAGCCCUUUGCCAAGUUUGGCUUCACAACUCUGGCUCUGGUGGAGAAACCUAAGGACAAGGAACAGCAAUCAGAGAUCAUGCUAGUCACUGUGAAUGUCCCCCACAGUGGUUUCUCCCGUAUCCAGGUGGAGUCCUUGGGCCUAACGAUGAAGGAGAUCCUGCACAGGGCACUGAAACGGAGGAAGGGCAGGGUGGACCCUUCAGGCCCAGACUAUGUCCUAGAGAAGCAGUCCCAACCAGGAGUGUGUGUGGACCUGGACAGUACACUGGAGAGUAUGAACACCAUGGAGUUCUGUCUGGUCAGACAACAUAGAUCCCAUGGCAGAGCCAAGCGGAAGGCACAUGUUCCUUGUGAUGCCCAUUGUUUUCAAUGUUCAUGCACUCGUGGUGAGGUUGAAGAAGAGACAGAAGUGAACAGAAACAUGUCUGAAAUGGAGGCCUCCCUCAGCAGUCUGCAGUACAAGUCUUAUAGAGUCAACAUGUUCACCAAACUCAGAACUAGUACUAUCAUACAACUGGGUAGGUUUUACAGUCAAUGUGUUCACCAAACUCAGAACAAGUACUAUCAUACAACUGGGUAGGUCUUACAGUCAACAUGUUCACCAAACUCAGAACUAGUACUAUCAUACAACUGGGUAGGUUUUACUGUCAAUGUGUUCACCAAACUCAGAACAAGUACUAUCAUACAACUGGGUAGGUUUUACAGUCAACAUGUUCA